AUGGACUUUACUCCUAAUAAUGGAAAACAUGGAUACGAGAAGGUUAACUUUACUGCAACUCCACCAAUGCCGCAGUUAAGCCAGCCAUCAGAUGCCACUACGUUGUCUCAAAGAGUCCCAGAUCUUGCUCGAGGUGUCGUGCAAACUUCAAGCCGAAAAGGAGGCGGAGACAUUAACGCUAAAAAUGUUGGAAAGAUGUUGGAAAAGUACAUGGCGGUUCCAGAAUAUAAUCGAAAACCGCUAGUUGUCAUUAUGCCAAAGACCGAGCUUGAGAUAAUGCUUCAAAAUGCAUCCGCCAACGGGUUUCAUGGACAUUUUCCAGGUAACUACUUCAGUAAUAACUUAAAUGCUUAG